AUGGGUACUCCUAGAAGAAGGGCGGGGCAAAAUGCAAGCCCAUUUGGAUUAAGUUCUAAUAUUUUUGGGACAAAUAAUGAAAUAUUUGGAAGUAAUUUUAUGAAUUCACCAAUUUCAAGUAGGAGGACAAAAAAUAGCAAAAGUUUUUUAAACAGUAUGCUGAAUGAAUCCAAGUAUUUGAAUCAAAGCAAUACUGGUUCUCAAUUCAUAAGAUAUGGUCAUACUCCUCUAGCUAUAAGAAGAAUAAAAUGUGCAAGAGCUGAUAUAGGAGAUGUAGGAAGAGAAGCAUUUAUGGAAGAUAUCGAAUCAGGAAGAUUACCACACUUUAUUGAUAGUAACUUAGAACAAAUUAAAGAACUUUUUAAUCAAUUUUUUGAUGAAUUUAACAUUACUAAUUAUAGUGAUGUACUACAAUUUACUGAUGAAGAUCGUAGUAUAACAGAAUAUAUUUUGUUACAUAGAGAUAAUUUAAAAGUUUAUUUGGCAUAUUAUGGAUGGAAGAUGAUAAAAUUUAUUGAAACAGGUAGACAAAAUGAAUGUAAAUUAAAUAAUGAUAAUGAUGAAGAUACUGAUGGAGUAAAAAACUUAGAACAUAUAAAAUCUUUUGAAGUAGAUCUUACUCAUAUUUAUUUUUUUAAUAAAAAAUUAUAUAAGUUAAUAAUUGAGUACCCAUCUGACUGUAUUAGUGAAAUAGACAAAAUAAUAAGUGAAAAGUAUAAUUCUCUCUUGGGGUUAGUGUUAGAAGGAGAUACAAAAUCGAGCUCGUCUGACAAAUAUCCAUUAAGUAGUGCAAAACAAGAUUAUUGUAGAGUAAGAUUCUUUAACAAAAAACAUAAAGAUACUCCAAGAAAAUUGGGACCUAAUCAAAUUGAAACGUUAGUCUGUGUAAAGGGUGUAAUAAUUAGAUGCUCAAAUAUUAUUCCAGAAAUGACUAUGGCAGCCUUUAAAUGUACUUCUAAAAAAAGAGUAGGAGUUAAUAAUUAUGAAAAAUGUAAUGAAGAAGUAUAUGAACACGUUAUACAAGGGGAAGUUCAAGAACCAAUGACAUGUUCUAAUUGCAAUAAUAAAAAUACAUUUGAGUUAUGGCAUAAUAAUUGCUGUUUCUCUUCAAAACAACUUAUUAAAUUAAGUGAAGUAACAGAACAUUUAAAGCAAGGAGAAACUCCUCAGUCUAUUUCAAUAUAUGCAUAUGAUGAUUUAAUAGAUUAUACAAAACCAGGAGACACUGUAGAAUUAACAGGAAUAUUAAAAGCAUCUCCUGUUCGUUUAAAUCCAAGAUCUAGGUGUUAUAAUAGUGUGCAUAGAACUUAUAUAAAUGUUAUCCAUAUUAAGAAAGAAAACAAACAAAAAAUGAAAUUGACAGAGCAAAAUGAUACAGCCUCUAUUAUUUUAAAAAGAAAUGAAGAUGGUACCGUAGAAGAAAAUUUUGAAAAAUUGAAUGAACAAGGUAAUUUAUUAUUUACUACUGAAGUUAUUCAUAAGAUGCAAAAAUUGAGUAAAGAUCCUAAUAUAUAUCAAAGAUUAGCAGAUUCAAUAGCUCCAUCUAUAUAUGGAAGAGAUGAUAUUAAAAAAGGGUUAUUAUGCCAGUUGUUUGGUGGAAGUAAAAUUACUGAUAAAUUUAGAAAUAAGUAUAGAUCAGAAAUUCAUAUUUUAUUAUGUGGAGAUCCAUCUACUGCUAAGUCCCAGCUCUUACAUUAUGUUCAUAAAUUAUCACCACGUGGUAUUUACACAAGUGGAAAAGGUAGCAGUAGUGUUGGAUUAACAGCAUUUAUAUCAAAAGACUCUGAAACAAAAGAAUACAUUUUAGAAUCAGGUGCAGUUGUUUUAUCAGAUAAAGGAAUUUGUUGUAUUGAUGAAUUUGACAAAAUGGAUGAUUCUGCAAGAGCUAUAUUACAUGAAGUAAUGGAACAACAAACUGUGACUAUUGCAAAAGCUGGUAUUGUAGCUACUUUGAAUGCAAGAACCUCUGUUUUAGCUUCAGCAAACCCUAUUAACAGUAGAUAUGACAAAAAUAAGGCUGUAGUUGAAAAUAUUAACUUACCACCAUCACUAUUUUCUAGAUUUGAUUUAAUUUAUCUUGUUAUUGAUCAAGCAAAUGAGGAAGAGGAUAAAAAAUUGGCUACUGUUCUUUGUAAAAAUUAUUCUUACAAUUUAGAAGAUGAAGAAGAAGAGGAAGAGGAGGAGGAAGAAGAGGAAGAAGACACACAAAAUAAAGAAAAUAAUUGGAAUAUUAGAGAUAAUAUAAAUCUUCCUUACUCCGAUAAUAAUAAUAGUUCAAAUAAAAAAAAACCAAAAAAUUACUUAAUUGAUUCGAAUACAUUAGCUCUAUAUAUAGCAUACUGUCGUAUGACAUGCAAUCCAAUAAUAUCACUCGAAAGCAAAAAAAUUAUUAUUGAAGAAUAUAUAAAAAUGCGAUGCAAAGAAGGAACAAAAUCUCCAACUGCUAGUCCUAGACAAUUAGAGGGAUUAGUUAGACUAAGCCAGAGUUUAGCGAAAAUGAAAUUAAAAGAUGUAGUAACACCAGAAGAAGCUAAUGAAGCUGUAAGAUUAAUGAAUAUAGCUACUUUUCAAAGUUUAAUUGAUCCUUUAAGUGGUAGAAUUGACUUUGAUCAAGUUAAUUUAGGACAAACAUCACAACAUAAGAAAAAAUCUGAUAUGAUCAAAGAUAUUAUAAUGAAUGCACUCAUUUUAAAAAAUAUGACAAAAGAUGAAUUACUUGCUCAUUGUCAAGAAACUAUUAUGAAUGAUCCCGAAUAUACAACAGCAUUAGAUAGAAAAUCUUUUGAAGAAGCUUUUCAUGAUCUUGAAAAAUCACAAGAUAUUACUCGACUUUGUUCUGGUUUAUAUAAAAAAAAGUAG